GCCGUGCUCGUGAGCCACGUGGGCGCCCAGGACGGCAAGGGCGGCUUCAGUCUCGACAGCUUCUUCGGGGGCCAGGAAACGUCGUGGGCCGAUGUGGAGGACGAGCUGACUUCGACGGCGAGGCGACGGAGCUCGGACCGCCAACUGCGCUGCGUCAUCGUGCGCGCUGGCGACCCACCGGCCGCGGGGUCUGCCGCCGGCAGGGUGCGCUGCCUGCGGCCGGGCGAGGGCGGGGGCGGCAGCACGUCGGAGAAGACGGUGGCGCAG